AUGUGGCUAACGGACACGCAGAAGAUCGGAGUCGGCAUCACCUCGGCAGGAGUGAUGUUCCUGAUGCUGGGCAGCAUGCUGUUCUUUGACGGCCCACUCUUAGCCCUCGGAAAUAUCCUCUUCCUCACUGGAAUCACCUUCGUCAUCGGCCCACAGAAAACUUACUACUUCUUUGCCAGGAGGAAUAAAGUCAGGGGCACUCUAUGUUUCCUAGGCGGCAUCCUCCUGGUCUUCUUGAAAUAUCCCUUCUUCGGGAUCUUGAUCGAAAUGUUUGGAUUCCUCAAUCUAUUCGGUGAUUUCUUUCCGGUGAUAUUAUCCUUCCUGAGACAAAUGCCAGUCAUCGGACAAUUCUUGAGUCUACCUUAUAUCCGAGGCAUCGGAUCGCAGGCGUCCGUCAGAGUCCAGUCUGAAAAACUUCGACCACCCACUUCACAUAUCCCUACCUCUCCUCGCCCCUGGUUCACAGCCAAGACUUAUCCUCCUCCAUUGAUCAACUUAACAUAG